UAAAAAAAACCACAAAGAAGGAGAAGAUGGGUUCUAAGUCUCCAAGCAUUGCUGCACUUGUGUUAGCACUGCUUCUUAUACUUUUCACUCUUACCUCUCACGUUGAAGUCGUGGAAUCUUCUGGCCGCAAACUUGCGUGGGGGUUUUCGGGAACGCCUAUUGUGUACACACCACCAUCAAGGUCAUGUGGAACUUCCCCAGCAGUAUUCACUUCGAGUUGGAGAAGACCAUGUAGACUUCCUCCAGGAGGUGGUAUUAUUACUGCUGACAAAUCUCCUUAACUACGUGAUUUUGUGUCUCAGAACUUUGAUGUUCUAUGCAAUAAUAAAGUGUCGUAUGUGGUUGUCUGAUUUGGUUUCAUUUCUCAAGUGUACUAAGUAGGCUUUUUCACGUAUUAUGAAUGAUUCAAUAAACAUAAUGAACUAAUACU